UCGAACAAUUGUCUCGAUCUUGUUGAACUUGCAACCCCUAUCACGGUUCCAGGAGCUGGGGGUCCAGCUCAUCCUGAGGGGCUCACGUUUCUUAUCCCAGCUUUAACCCUUUUAGCAUCUGGAGGUGCUCUGUAUAUCAGCCCCCAAAUGUUAGUAGUUCACAACAAAAAUUAAUUAGUAAGACAGGCAAAAAAGGGGAGUAGAAGGUGGCCAUGAAAAAAGUCCUUAUGAAACACACUCCCUUCGGUUUUAGAGAUAAUUUUGGAGGGCUGAAAUGUGGGAUGAAAGUUUUCUUCUGUUAAGAUGGAAGCAAAAAAAUUUGGCUUCACUAUUUCAUAUGGCCAAUCCAUAUGGUGUGAUGAUCGUGUGAUACUGGUGACUUGUUCUCUGAUUGGCUGGAUCACUUAGCCAAAAAGAAUAAUCCUUUAAAAAAAUAUACUCAAAGCAGUUACCAAGAGGAGGUUAAUCAAUGAAAGAGAGCCUUCCAGAACCUCACUAAAAUUAAGUGUUUAAAGCAGGACAUUAGCCCAUUAAAAAGCAGGGCUAUGGGUCCUCCUUUCCAGAAACAGCUCUACUAAAGGUAAGGUCCUACGCAAAUUCACUCCCAUAAUAUUCACUGUAUGUGUGCUUACGUGUGUUUUAAAUUGCGUUUCUAAACCACCCAAUAGUCAAAACUCCCUGUGUGCUUCCCAACACAACCACAAAAUACACCAUAAGACACAGUAUGAAAGUUUAAUGUGUUAAAACAUCAGUAUAAAAGAAAAGCAAAAACCAAACUAGUGGCAAUGCUAAUAGUACUUCAAUUACAGCAACAGAUUUAAAACAAAGCUAACACGUCGGGGAGAAUACGGAGACCUUCAUCGUGGUCCAGAAGGAGCACAAUGCCAUGCAAGGUACCAGGAUUGCACCUCUGAGCAGCUCGUUCUGCAGUGAGGGUGCCAUCACGGAAAAGCCUCUUGACCUCACUUCCUUCAGCAGAAUUUCUGAGGAAGGUCUUGGGUUCUGGGCAAGUAUUUAUGAGAAAAGGUGAUCAGGCAACCUGCUCCCAAACAGUCCAGGGCUUUGAAUGCUAAUACCAGUUCUUUGACUGGGACCCAAACAUGCAGUGGCAGCCAGUACAGAUGGGGAAGUAGCGGUACAGUAGGAUCGAAUUAGCCACUCUCCAUUCGCAGUCUUGCAGCUCUGUUUUCGGCUAGCUGGACAUUUUCAAAAGCAGUCCCACUGCAGUAAUCCAGAUCAGGGUUCUUCCAUCUCACAACGUAUUUCAGGAAACUCAUCACAGCUUUCUGAGAUUUCCUAAGAUUGCUCUCUUGCAAAGGCGCAAGGCUUGUAACAGCCUGUCCUGUGGAAAUCGCAUGUCCCAAUUUCAUACGAUGCUCUCAGUGGAGUUUGUUUUCACACAAAAAAACCGUGGUUUCAAGUGGUGUGGGCAGGGGAGGAAGCGACUAGAUUUCACAGUACUUAAUAUGUAUUGCAAACGAGAAUGCGAACUUCCCACAAAAGGCAGAGAAGAUGAGAAGGACAUGAAAAUUCCCCGAAGCAAGUGGUGUUUCUUUGGCUGGGGAUGCCAGCAGAAGCAAGUUGGUCCCUGUGUGGUAAACUGACUCCCAAGCUCUGCCACUUUUGCUGGGGAACUUUGCCAAGAAGAUCCAUUUUUCUUUGCAAAAUCAGCCACAGCAGGCCUGAGAUAUUUCUGAAGUUGGCACUGUGAGAAGUGAAGCGAGCUGGAUUUUUCUGCUCUUCCUCAUUCGCUAUGAAAGUUAAUAUGAAGUUUGGGUCCCUUGCAACCCUCCUUUUCUGUCUUGGCAUGGCCAACAGCCUGCGAUGCAAGAGGUGUGUGAACAGGAUAGGAAAGUGCACGGAGACCGACGUGGAGGUCUGCAAGCCUCAGCAAGACUCGUGCUUCUUUGAGAUCAAGGAUGUUCACUAUUUGAUGGCGAGGACAGUGAAGCGGGGAUGUGGAACCUCGGAGAGCUGCCGGCGCUAUCAUGACGGGAACGUGGGAUUGCUCUCCAGGACGUUACACUGCUGCUCCACGGAUCUGUGUGAGCCGCUGCUCUAUCCUGCCAAUUUUAGCGGAUCCCCAAAUGGCGUGACCUGCCAGAGCUGCAUUGGGGACAAAGACGACUGUGGCCAGAACGCUCCUUCGGAGCCGUGUUACGAUUCCAGGAACCGGUGUGUGCAGAUUUCUCAGCAGUUCCUGCCAGAUGAACAGCUGGAGCGCAUCAUUAAGGGCUGUGGAAACGCUUCCUUUACGAGUGUGGUGGCGGCGUACCAAAUCGGCAAGGAUUUUGCAUAUGUUGACCAAAGGGUUUGCACUAAUUCCAACUGUAACAAUGGAAAUUUUACAGCUCUAACUCCCGGUCGGAGUAACGGAUUGCAAUGCUAUACCUGUCGGGAGACGGGGAAAGGGGAGUGUGACCCCAAGAGACUGGAGCUUUUGAACUGCAUGGGAAUUAUGGAUCGAUGCCUGCAUGUCAUUACCAACGAAAACAGGGACUCUCCUGUGACUAUCCUGAAGGGCUGUGCGACAGAGAGCACAUGCACAAGGCACCUGGACUUGGGUCUGAUGAGGCAGAAGGCCCAUGCAGCGUGCUGCAAAGAUUCCCUCUGCAACCGGGCGGGAUGCCCUGUCCCGGAGCUGCGAGCUAUGGGGACGGCUUUCGCCUUGUGGCUCGCACUGAUCGCAUGGGCAUAUCAGUAGGACAAACCCUUGCAGGAGAGGCAUGACCUUUUGGUGAAGGCUGGUGUCUGCGCUGAUGGUUCGCUUUUCUCGCAGCUGCAAUCCAAACUCAGCUCCUGCAUCUGCUCCGAGGAACAUUUAUUUUACAGCACCCCUUUUUCUUUCUUCUGUUUUCAUGCACAACAUUCAUAUGAGCCACACCAUCUAGCGAGUGAGGCUGCCAUGCUGCCACAUCGACAAUGCAAAGCCCAAUUUUCUGCGAGAGUCUCUCUUCCCUGCAGGGGUCAGUGAAAAGCGCCUGACUGAUGCUGAGGAAUGCAAAUCCAAAGCCCGGCAAUACCUUUACUAGGACUGAUCAAAUAUGUGCGAAAUGGUGGGCAAACUUUCAAGGGUUUCCUCACUGGAUUAGAUAUUUCUGAAAGCCAGGUUGGGGGGCGGGGAGGGGCGGCAACAAGAGGAAAGGCCGGUGAUGCUGAAAGUAUGAAGUCUGCAUGGGAAAAAGCUUAAGAUGGAGUACAGGAAUGUAAUUUAAUCAACUUCAUUUAAUUUAGGGACUUAAAUGGAUUAGACUUGGGAGUCCCUAAUCUUGGUGGAUACAUGGCACAUCUGGGAAUUUGAACAACUGCACCACCACAGAAUUCCUAAUCUGUGGAAUGCUGCCCUGAGAUCUGCCGCCAGGAUCUACGGAUCUUAGGCUGUGUGUUUGUUUCACUCCUUUUGGGCACUGCAAUAGCUCUUUUAUAAGGGAUUGCCUAAUUCUGCUAAAUGCUGAGCUAAUGCAGCGAAAGAAGAAGCUAAUGCUUCUUUUAAACAUAUAUUUUGGAAACGUCAAGAAGUUGCUUCUUUUUGAGAGGGGGCUAUUACAUGGAUAAAUUUUGUACUGGAACAGUCUUUAAUAUUCAUUGAUGUGCACCCUGUUUUAAAGUUUUUAUCUGCUUCAUGGAAAUUAAUAAAAGGCAAGGGAAGUGGAUUCUCCUUGCUCUUUUGGGCAGCAAAAAGACUGAUAUGACAACAUUGGAAGAUAAAUACCUGCCUCCUAUAAUGCAUUGGAUUUGAGGAUCUUGUGGCAUAUGCUAUAUAAGAAUGGUUCCAAGCUAGUGGGGUCACCCCAUGAGGAAGAUUGGCAGAAGACACAAGACGGGGAAAAGGAGUCCUUUUUUUACACAGCACUUAGUUAAACUGUGCCAUUCAUUUCCACAAGAUGUGAUGAUGUCCAGCAAAGCUCUCGAUCCAAGAGCAUCUUUAAAGAGGCUUAAUUUUGGCUCUUGGGUUUGCCAGUCGAGGUCAAUUGAGUUGUGAUGGAUGGUCACCUGAUUGAAGGAGAACCGUGUGCAUGAGGGAGAGGGAAGCACUGCAAACACGGUAACAGGGCAGAUUUGGCUCAAGCGAGGCCCAGCUUCGUGGCGGUGAGGAAGGAGAAUGCCCAGCAAAGCAGCAGACCCUCCAAGCGACAUCAGCCAGAGGUGGAUUCUGAUGGGAAGAACCUCCGCGACCUAAUCAGAACUGGGUUUGGGGAAGAAAGCCAAGGAAGACAGGCCGUUCCAAAGGGACGGCAGGUGUCCGAGAGAACAGCGACAGCUCUUGCGCAAUUACGUUAAACGGCAUUGAAUGCAAGUCUCCCUGGGGGUCCUUCAGGACUGAAAAGUGGAAUUGCAAUUAUGAUCGUCACAAGGAAGCGUAAAUUGGGUGGCAGAUGACCAUUUCCCCCCUAGAACUGAGGGCAACUGGAAAGCAGGAUCAUGGCAGCCUGCGGUGUGUAGUUUCAUCCUCUGUACAAGCUGGUUUGGCAGGAUUUUGUCUUGCUCUGAAAUCUUCACAACCUGUUUUACUAGACACAAGGAUGAGCAUAAUAAUUAUGCGUGUGCUCCAUGGGAAGUGAAACCUGCCCUAAAUAGCUGGCCUAGCCCAUCGU